CCGCCGCCACCACCACCACCACCACCACCAUCAUGGCACCCAGGAAAUUCUUCGUGGGCGGGAACUGGAAGAUGAACGGGGACAAGAAGAGCCUGGGGGAGCUGAUCCAGACCCUCAACGGCGCCAAGAUCCCUGCAGAGACGGAGGUGGUUUGUGGGGCCCCCUCCAUCUACCUCGACUUUGCCCGCCAGAAGCUUGAUGCCAAGAUUGGCCUGGCUGCACAGAAUUGUUACAAGUUAUCCAAGGGCGCUUUCACGGGAGAAAUCAGCCCAGCCAUGAUCAAGGAUGUCGGUGUCACCUGGGUGAUCUUGGGACACUCUGAGCGAAGGCAUGUCUUUGGCGAAUCGGAUGAGCUCAUCGGGCAGAAGGUGGCCCACGCCUUGGCUGAAGGUCUUGGUGUCAUUGCUUGCAUUGGUGAGAAAUUGGAUGAGCGAGAGGCUGGCAUCACAGAGAAGGUGGUGUUUGAACAGACCAAGGCCAUCGCUGAUAAUGUGAAAGACUGGAGCAAAGUAGUUCUUGCCUAUGAACCAGUUUGGGCCAUUGGAACUGGUAAAACUGCAACUCCCCAGCAGGCCCAGGAAGUUCAUGAGAAGUUGAGAGGCUGGCUGAAGAGCCAUGUGUCUGAUGCUGUUUCACAAUCAACACGAAUCAUCUAUGGAGGUUCCGUCACUGGUGGCAACUGCAAAGAACUGGCCUCCCAGCAUGACCUGGAUGGUUUCCUUGUCGGUGGCGCCUCCCUCAAGCCUGAAUUUGUGGAUAUCAUCAACGCCAAGCACUGAGACCUACUCUGCAGAGUCUGAAGUGUGGGGGUGGUUUGGAAUAGCAGGGGGGGGGGACCCAUCAUGGUCUGGAGAUAAAUACUGUAAAACGAUACGCCCACCCUCUGCACUGAAGUAAAAUGGUCUUGCCCUCAAAUCCUUUCUCCCACACUUGCUGUUAAUUGUUCAACUCUGCUGCUAAACACAACAAUUGCCAAGACACUUAACUGGUUAGCUGAGAGCCUUUGUAAAGGUGAGGCUUCGUCCACUUCCCCUGUACUUGUGGGUGGGAUCUCCUGCCUUGUUCUCCCCCCCCCCCCCCGCCCCAUAGGCUAGUCAGAGGCUCGCUUUCUGACCAGUCUAUAGUGUUGCUCUAGGGCCACCUGCCUUGCUGAGGGAGCAGCGUCUCCUUGUUUCCGCGGAUUUGGAGUCAGUACCCAGUGGCUUGUAUUGUUUGUAAGGUCUGUCCAACGUUCUGUAAGGCAACAAAGAACAGAAAUAAACAAAGGGAAAGUAGAA